AUGAAAAUUCAGAUUCAAGGGUUGUCUGAUGAGUUAGCCUACAAGGAAUUUUUCAAAGGUCUGAAGGACGAGUCGCCCUUCAAGUUUGACCUCAUCAGAAAGAGGGUGGCAACCCUCCAAGAGGCACUGAUGGUGGCGGAUGCCUAUAUAAAGGCAACUGAGCUCUGUAACAUCAGUAAGCAGUCAGACUCAAGGAGAUCUGACAAAAAAAAGAGUCGGUCAUCACAGCCGGCUAAGAAAGAAGAAAAGAAAAGAAAACAAGUAUGGGUGGCUGAAACUUCUGAACAGCCAUCCCUGAAGAAAAAGAGAGAAGCGAAGAUGUACUCCCCAAAGUACGAAUUCAAUAAAGACUAUUACUCCAUCCUCAUGGAGAUUAAGGACCGGGUCUCUAUUGAGAAGCCGGAUCCUAUGAAGGGUUCCGCUAAAAAUCGAAACAAAAACAAAUACUGCCACUACCAUGAGGAUAUUAGCCAUGAUACCAACGAAUGCUAUAACCUUAAGGGUCUGUUGGACCGCCUAGCUGACAAAGGGGUACUCAAGUCCUAUGUUUUGAGGUCCAAAGUUACCUUACAAACUAACACUGGGAAGCCGCCCAAAAAGAAGUCCCACUCUGCUAAUAGUUCGGAUACUGAAGAAAUUCUGAUCUAUACAAUAGCAAGCGGCUUCGCCGGAGGCGGCCCAACAAUCCGGGGUAACAAGGACUAUAUCAGACAGCUCGACAUCAACUUGGUCAACGAGGGGCAGGCGUCCAAAGACUCCUUUCCCGAAGUUGUAGUUACUAAGGAUGUUAGGGGCAAAAUUAGGAGGCCGCAUGAUGAUGCUAUAGUCAUCGAAUGCAAAGUAGCCAACCAAAGAGUCGGUCGGAUCCUCAUAGACACUGGGAGCUCGUCUAAUCUCAUCAGUCACAAGUGCUUGACCAAGCUUAGGUACAAGCCCGAGAGUAUGCACCAGGUCUCUCAUCCCUUAGUGGGAUUUGGGGGUGGUGUGGUACAUCCGGUAGGUCAAAUAAACUUACCUAUUCGUUUGGGCGAGAAAGGGAAGGGACGCUACAUGGUGUUCCGGUUCUUAGUUGUUGAUGAACUGACGGCCUACAACAUGAUUUUGGGACGUCCCACCCUGAAUGAAUCCAAAGCUGUUAUCAUUUCGUCUCUCAUGCUUCUCAAGUUUGAGAGGGAUGAUGGAACAGUUGGCUUCCUACGAGGAGACUAG